GACCUGCAGUGAGUAUUGGCGAGUAGGGACAGAGCAACACUUUUGUCCGUCAGAGGGAGUCGAGUAUUGGCACUGUUGUAGAUUCUCUUCAUCUGUCCCGCUGCUUCACAACAGAGUUGAUGCUUCACUUCUGCUCAACACGCGUCGCGCUCUCUGGAUUAAAUCCUAAACUACAGGCAAACAUCUCAGCAGAUCCACACAUUCACGAUUCAAGCGUGUGAAAGGCACAAUGUUGUGGAAAUUAGCAGAUAACGUGAAGUAUGAGGAUGAGUGCGAGCAAGAAAGACAUGAUGUUAGCAGCAACGGGAACUCCCGGUUACCUCACAUCCCUGCGGUGAGCCAGCACCUCUACAGCCCGCCUCCAUCCCUGUCGCACACGGCCAGCUCGGACUUCCAACCACCGUACUUCCCUCCCCCUUACCAGCCCCUGCCUUACGCCCAGUCCAGCGACCCGUACUCCCACCUGGGUGACCCGUUUAAUAUCAACUCGAUACACCAAUCAGCAUCUAACCAGCAGCAGUCAUGGCCCGGGCGACAAGGUCAAGAGGUCCUCGGAACCCAUGGACGCAGCGGGCUCGGCAGUCCGAUACUGGGCCUGGAGGGCGGCUCGUCCGGUAUGCGGCGCGAUGGUUUCAGGAGACCGGAGCUUCUCUCCCAUCACGGGAUCGAGUCUAUAGCAGAUAACAUUGGGUUGCACGAGUUAGGCCACGGGUUAGAUGAGGUGCAGCAUGAAGGUGAUCACAAUGUUGCCAUUCAGGAUCAUACAGUCAUCAAGAAAGAGUGGGUUUCUCCGAGGAAUAGAUUGACAGUUUCUGGCAAGCAUUUUAUGUCCCUGCCGAAGGGAAGUGGGUUCGGAAUGCCAUUUCAGAAAGAGCCUCUGCUGGGAAUGGUGUCCAAUCCCGCUGAGGUCUUCUGCUCCGUUCCUGGUCGUCUCUCUCUUCUCAGCUCCACCUCUAAGUACAAAGUGACCGUAGCAGAAGUUCAGAGACGUUUAUCUCCACCCGAGUGUCUCAACGCUUCUCUACUUGGAGGAGUAUUGCGCAGGGCAAAGUCGAAGAAUGGCGGCCGAUCCCUGAGGGAGAAACUGGAUAAAAUUGGGCUAAACCUGCCGGCCGGUCGAAGAAAGGCCGCUAAUGUCACCUUACUAACAGCUCUGGUGGAAGGUGAGGCAGUGCACCUGGCCAGAGACUUUGGGUACGUCUGUGAGACAGAGUUUCCAGCGAAGGCCAUCGCCGAAUACCUCGGGCGACCGCACUUGGAACGCAAUGAGAUCAACUCUCGUAAAACCAUGCUGUUAGCAGCCAAGCAAAUCUGUAAGGAGUUCACGGAUUUGCUGACUCAGGACCGUUCGCCACUGGGAAACUCCCGGCCGGCUCCCAUUCUUGAACCCGGGAUCCAGAGCUGCCUGACUCACUUCAGCCUCAUCACCCACGGCUUCGGCUCCCCGGCCAUCUGCGCGGCCAUGACCUCGCUGCAGAACUACCUCAACGAGGCGCUCAAGCAGGUGGACAAAAUGUACGUGAGUUCAAGCGGAGACCCCUCGCAGGCCUCCUCCGACGGCACCAACAAAGUAGACAAGAUGGACAAACAUAGAAAGUAAGACUUGGAACCGGACGGGACCGUUUGAAAGCAAUAACCGUUUUUAUUGCGGUUUUUACGUAUUUACCAGAAUUGACUCGUCGUUAUUGUAGAUGUUGAUUCCGUUUCGCUUCGUUUGUCGAACGUCCAGGUUAAGCUUAAACUCAGUGCCCUCUUUCGCGUCUUCCAGCACUUUCUUCUCCGCAAAGAUGUAAACACAUUUCAAUAUUCAGCCUUCGUGAGAGGCGUACGCCGAAGUUCCUUCUCGAGCGAUCCCUGCGGGCCGCAGCAUGAGCAAUGUUUCUGAUGAGCAUCAGGAAGUUGUUUUCUCAGAGGGGAACCGCAAAGAGGAAGCUGUUGAGUUUCCCAAAGACACCAUUUCAAGAGUUUAUGUGGAUUUUAACCAUGUUUUCCUACAAGUCUGGGAGGAGGAAGUCUGAUUUUCCGUGGUGCUGCACCUCCUAUCUGACUUACCAAGGAUUUGAUUACGUUGAGACAUUAUAACUUGUUCUAAGCUUGACUUCAUUGGAUGCAGUGUUAUAGUUUCUGUUUGUGAGAGUGUUGUUGGCGUGAAUGAUCGCUCUGUGUGCAUGGGUGUCUGCGAUAAACAAACCCACUUCCACUGAUCAACAAAGCAUCUUGGAUUUUUGCCGUUUCCUGGAGGAUCCUUUGAGUUUGCCCUAAAAUGUUUGCAUACGUAAAUCCUUCAAUUUGAGACAUUUACGAGUAGCGUGAGCGCAUCGGAUAUCACGCUGUUGGGUGUGCGUGUGCAUGUGUACGAGAGUUUGACCUUGUUUGCGUGUUUUGUCUUUUUCAUGCCUCUAAGUCCGACUAGAAGUUAAAUGUUCCUUUUGUCUUUUUCCUAAUGUAAAUAUUUUCUAAUUUAUGUUGUAAUUUAAUGGGAUAAUUGUAAAUAUUGGUACAAUUCUGGUGUUUGGUUUAACUUUUAAAAAAGGCGUGUUAAGCUUUUAUAAAGGGGUUUGUUUUUUAUCAUAUAGUGGUUAGGCUACGGGAAUGAUAUUCUUUAUAGAUAUGUGUAAUGUUGGUUAAAAGCUGUAGAUGACAUGCAGAAUAAAACACAACAGUCUUUAUUUUCAUU